ACCCAGGGGGGAAGCCGAAGGAGCAGGACCGAGCCAUGGACCCCUCCAGGAAAGCUUGGGCUGCAAGCUGGCUGCUGCUGCUGCCGCUGCUGCUUCACGAAGGAGCGCAGGCCCUGGAGUGCUACAGCUGCGUGCAGAAGGCAGAUGACGGAUGCUCUCCGCAGAAGAUGAAGACCGUGAAGUGCGCGCCGGGCGUGGACGUCUGCACUGAGGCCGUGGGGGCGGUGGAGACCAUCCACGGGCAAUUCUCGGUGGCCGUGCGGGGCUGCGGUUCGGGACUCCCCGGGAAGAAUGACCGCGGACUGGACCUUCACGGGCUUCUGGCCUUCAUCCAGCUGCAGCAAUGCGCCGAAGACCGCUGCAACGUCAAGCUCAACCUCUCCUCGUCAGCGCUCAACCCGGCAGGCAAUGAGAGCGCGUACAAGCCGAAUGGCGUCGAGUGCUACAGCUGCGUGGGGCUGAGCCGCGAGAAGUGCCAGGGUACGGCGCCGCCCGUGGUGAGCUGCUACAACGCCGGCGACCGCGUCUACAAGGGCUGCUUCGAUGGCAACGUCACCUUGACGGCAGCCAAUGUGACUGUGUCAUUGCCCGUCCGGGGCUGUGUCCACGAUGAGUUCUGCACCCGGGAUGGGGUGACUGGCCCGGGGUUCAUGCUCAGCGGCUCCUGCUGCCAAGGGUCCCGCUGCAACUCCGACCUCCGCAACAAGACCUACUUUGCACCUCGAAUCCCGCCCCUGGUUCUGCUGCCCCCUCCUCAGUCUACCACUGUCACCCCAACCACUUCUGUCACCACUUCUGUCACCACCUCCACCCCAGCCCCAACCACUUCCACCUCUACCACAAAACCCACUGCAACCCCAACCACCCAGACUCCUCUGCAGGAGGUGGACUCUGAGGCCUCCUGGGAAGACGGCUCCAGCUUUUCUGGAGGCGCUGCUGGCCACCAGGACCGCCGUAACAUGGGGCAGUACCCCGGAAAUGGUGGGGCCCACAAUCCCUCUAGUAAAGGCUCUGCAGCUCCUGCAACGGAGUUGGCGGCUCUUCUCCUGACUGUGGCUGCUGGUGCCCUAUUAUGAACUUCUUCACCUGGGGACCCCCCUCUUGUCCUACUUCCCUGGCCCUGGCACCCCUUCUCCCCACUACUUCCCUUUCUCACGAGUGGACUGGGCUGGCCCAGCUCCUGUUCUUCCAGUCGCCCCAGCUUCUGCUGCACUGGUUUGCGGCUUUGGGAAAUGAUUUUGGGAAAUUACUGUUGUAUAUAACCUGCCUGUGUCCUCUAGCUUUUUGAGGACAGCACCUCCCGUCCCUCUUGUUCUUGGCUCUCCCUCAUCCCCUCAUGGUGACUGGGACAGAGUGAGAGAGCUCGGAAGUGUCACAGGGAAGUGGAGAUGCUUCCCGUUAGCUUUCUCAUGGCCAACUUGGAAUAUGGAGGGAUCUAGGAAUAACAGGCCCCGCGCUCCGGCCCCUGCUGCCCCCUGUCCCUCCAUCGUUGUGGGAAGACUGUGAGCUCCUCGAGGGCAGGGACCCUGCCUUAGGCCUCUGUGUGGCCGGUUUCUGGCACAUAAGGCCCUCAAUAAAGUUUAAAUACUUUGU